AUGCCGCGUCGGCUUCUGCUUCCCGGCUGGACUCUUCCUCCUCUGGAUUUUUCCCCAGCUCGCUCAAUUCCCAGCGAAAAUCUCGUCACAUUUAACCACAGUUCACCGUGGUCGGAUCUAAUCACAGGAUCGAUCAUUAAGUAUACCCCUUGGGAAGAGGCAUCGAUGGAGGAAGGAGAGGAGGCGCACGGCAUCACACGACAAUCCAGCCAGGGCGCACCAUUUCAGGGCACAGCAGCAGCAAUCCAAGGCAAACAAGCAUGGCGCAGCAAUCCAGCAUACUGCGAAAGCAUCCUUCUUCGCGAUGGAGAAGGCCUAGGCAGCAAGGAUAUUGUGAGUUGUCCUCUCAUCCCAGGUAAUAAGAAAGCGGAUCUACUCAAUAUGCAAAAGGUUAUUGAUUCCGAGAAAGGGGCAACGGGGAAGAAACGGCCGAAUGAAUCUGGUGGUGCUUCUAUGAGAAUGGAUGGCAAUGUCCAAGGAUUUCCACCGGUGGUAUCAUCCCAGUCAAGUGGAAGUGGCUGCAGUUCCCUGUUUUUUAGUAAACAGAGUCAAGUCCAUAUUGUUGAUUCGAUGGAUCCUGAGCGGAAGAACCGAGUUGAUGUGGCUAUCGGAAGAUUUUUCUGGAAUGAACACAUUCCAUUUGUCAAGGCUCGGUCACCUUACUUCCUCAACAUGAUACAGGAAGUUGCCAGGCAUGGUGUGCCUUAUGCACCACCAAAAUAUGAUAAUCUCCGGGAUAAGCUUUUGGUGAAAGAGAAACGAUUCAUUGACAUUGAGAUGGCGUCCUUGAGGAAGCAGUGGGAGCAGAGGGGUGCAACCAUAUGCGCAGACGGGUGGGUAGAUAGGAGGAAUCGGCAUAUCAUGGGGCUUGUGGCAUAUAGUCAAGGACAAGGAGCUUUUUUGAAGGCUAUCGACAUUUCCUUAACAGGAAAAACAGCUGAAAAUACUCUGCACUGCUGGGAAGAAGGCAUUAACAUUGUAGGUGCAGAGAACAUUGUCAUGGUUGUGACCGAUGGGGAAAAUGCAAACAGAGCAGCAGCAGCACUUUUGCAACAGAGGUACCCGAAAAUUCAAUGGGCAGCAUGUUUUGCCCAUUGCUUGAACAAUGCCUUGAAAGACUUCGGUGUACUUCCAUGGAUGGCAACACUUCUGGAGCGUGGAAAGUCUUUGGUGAUCUUCGUUAGAAACCACUCUCAUAUAGUGGCACUGCUGGUGGAGUUUACUCACAAGCGAUUGCUGCGUUAUUGUGAUACCAGGUUCGGCUACAACUUCAUUAUGAUGGAGAGGCUGGUGGAGCUCCGAGAAGCUUUACAACAGAUGUUCGUAUGCCCUGCGUACAGAGCAAGGCCUGAGUCGAAGUCGAGAGCAGGAAGGGACAGUUAUGCAACGGUUUUUGAUGACAGUUUCUGGCAACAGGUUAAGGACAUGCUAGAGGUGUCCAAGGAUGUUAUGCUGCUUCUUCGUGUUGUGGACAGUGAUAUACUUGCGAUUGGAAAGAUAUAUGAGUGCAUGAACAGGUUGGAUGCAAGUUUAGAGGAAGGACAGUCGGAUUAUGGCAGGUACAGGGAACUUCAUCAGAUCAUGUCUAAUAGGUGGCAUAAGUAUCACUCGCUCAUGCACUCGGUGGCGUACAUGUUGGACCCCGAGUUUCAGGAGUAUGAAAAGCAUGCUAACAGAGAGGUCAUGAAGGACUGGAAUGCUUAUCUGCUGGCCAUGUUUACAUCCAGUGAGAGGGAUGUGAUACGUGAUGAGCUUUUAACUUACCGGAGGAUAGGAGGCAUUUUCAACUCAUAUGAUGCUAAGGCUGAUCACACUAAGAGGGGAGCUGUACGUUGGUGGGAGGACUAUGGUUAUGAAACUCCAGCUCUUCAAAAGUUGGCCAUUCGAGUUCUAAGUCAGGCAUGCUCGUCGUCCUCGGUGGAGAGAUUGUUCAGUACUUUCGAGCAUGUUUCUUCAAAAAAGAGGAACAGACUUACCAUGGACAGGACAGCGGAUCUGGUUUUUGUGGCUUGCAACACCAGGUUGUUAACCUGCAAAAAUGAUCGUGAUUACGACAAGUUUGUAAGCUACAAAGUCCUGGAGACAGUUCCUCAUCCUGAAGACGAGCUUGAGUCAGGACAGGAAGAGGAAGAUGGAGAUGAUGUCGAAGAUCGUGAGGUCGAAGAUCAUGAGGUUGAAGAUGACGAUGAGAUGCAGGAUAUUUGA